AUGGAGGGCAAUGCGGAUCAUUCAGAUCCAAAUAAUUUCAGUCCUUUAUCAGUACAAGAUGUAGAUGUAGACUUUUUACCGAUUGUGUACGAAAUUAUACGAAGCGUCGAGCGGGAUUUUCACGACAACUCUGCUAAAGCACGCGAAUCACAAGACUGCAGCCAAAAGGUGUUGGAGUUGCAAAAGAAAUUUGACGUAGCACGAUCUCAGAUUAAGCGUCUUCCAGGAAUUGAUUAUAACAAACAAGACCAACUGAAGCAAUUUGAAAUACUCAGAACACAAUUGCGCUUGAAGCGUGAAUUACUCCAAAAAUAUCGGAAUAUGUGUUCAUUUGAAACAUCAUUUAAG